AUAUCAAAUGUUUAUGAAACCUCUCUGCCUAUUUGCUUUCUCUACUGAUCUGGUAUGACUGCAAAACCUACACCAACACCACAUCGGACAAGCAAACGGAAUAAAUUAUACUCACAGAUCGGUGUCUACGAAGGCCAGUGAUCUCUUGGACAGCAGCCCCCUAAGGAACAUUGGAAGAGGGCAAACAUGGCAGAAUCAAGAAACCACGUUGGGGACUUCUUGGAGGAGUUCAGAGAGCAGAUCAUAGCGCAGGUGAGAUUAUCCGGGCCCAUAGCAGACGCUGUGAUCUCACAACAUCUUAUCCCAGAAGAGCUGGCACACAGCGUCCGUGCAGCCCAGACCACACAAGACCAGAUGAGGGCUCUAUUUGAAGCCCUAGAGAGAGAGACACCACAAACCAAACUUGCAUUUCAUCUGAUAUUGCGACUGAAAGAGCCUGAACUCAUGGACAAACUAGAGCAGAGACAACGAAACAGUAAGAUGACACAGACAGGAUUGGAUCAAAGGUAUGGAGAUACCACAAAAUUAGAGUAUAAGACAACACCAAAACUUGGCAUACAGACAAAAAAGGACUCUCUUAAGAGACGAAGACAAGAAACAAUGCAAGCAAUUGAGGAGAUUGAAAAACUUUGGGAGGGGUCAAGAAGGGAGAGAAAUGAAACUAACCACAUGAAAGCAAAGAUCAAUCAACAACAAAAUGAAAUAGAAAGGCUAAUGACUGAGAAACAAGAGCAAAACACAAAGAUGGAGCUGAUGAGAAUGGAGAUAGAGAAUGUGAAUGAAAAACUGAAACAGAACAAGGAGGAAAUAAAUAUAGAGAAAGACAGAAUUCGACAAAUGUGGGCUGAUGUCCAAGCAGAGAAAGACAUUCUGGAGAGAAGACGCAAUGAGACCAUUAACGAGAGACAGAGUUUGGAAUUGAUCAAGUAUGAGACAAUGAGAGCAAAAGAGGAGAUGGAGCACUGCAAGGAAACAACAAAACAAGAGCAGGAGAAAAUGGAAUGGAUGAAGGCUGACAUCCAGGGACAGAUAGAGGACAUAGAAAUAAGAAUUGCAGAAACCAAUCAAGCGAAAGAAAAAAUGGAAGAGAUGAGGGCCGAUGUACACAGGGAGCGAGGUCAGCUGGAGACAAAAAGAGAUGACAUUAAAAGACAAAAAGAACAAUUUGAGCAGAUUAAAUGUGAGAUAAACAAAGUAAAAGAAGAGAUGGAGCGAAGGUGGUAUGAAACUGAGAAAGAAGAGCUUGAGCAGAGAGCUAGGCUCCAGCAAGAGAAAGAGGAACUGGCAAAUGUAAAAGCUGAGCUGCAAAGAGCUAAAGAGGAGAUUGAUCAAAGCAGGGAGAACACAAAGCAAGAGAAGGACCUGGUAAACAAAAUGAAAGCAGAGAUUCUUCUAGAGAAGGAUUCACUUGAGAAGGACAAACAAGAAACAUUAAGAACACAAAAGGAGUUGGAGCAGAUCAAGUAUGCGAUUCAAAUGGACAAAGAGGAGAUUGAGCAAAACAGAGAGGAAGCAAACCGAGAGAACGAUAAGAUGGAACAGAGGAAAGCUGAACUGCGGAGACAAAUGGAAAAGAUUGAGAGAAGAAUUGAGGAGACAAGGCAAGAAAAUGACAGAAUGGAACACGUAAAAGCAGAGAUACAGAGAACGAAAGAGGCACUGGAGAAACAAAAAGAUGACACCAGGAGAGUGAAGGAAGAAAUGGAAAAAAGAAGGUAUGAGACUGUCAAGGAGGAGCUGGAGCAGAGAGCUGAAAUACAGAGAGAGAGGGAAGAAGUGGAAAUGCUAAAGUUUGAAAUACAGAAAGCCAAGGAUGUUGAAAAAAUAAGACAAGACAGAGAGAGAGAGGAAGCCAAAAAGUGGAGUGAAGAAGUAAAGCGACAGAGAGACGUGAUCAAACAAUUGAGAGCCGAAAUUCAGAAUGAAAAAGACAACCUGGAGAGGAAAAAGCAAGAGACAAUGAGGGAGAGACAAGAAUUGGAGAAGAUUCAUUUUGAAACACUGAGAAUGAAAGAGGAGAUUGAGCAAAGCAGGGAGAUCACAAAAAGAGAAAAGGAGCAAAUGGCACAGAUGAAAGCUAAUAUACAGAGACAGAUAGAAUAUAUAGAAGAUAAAGUUACAGAGACAAAACAAGCAAAAGACAAAAUGGAAGAAAUUAAAGCAGAGAUACAGAGAGAACGUGAAGAUUUAGAGAGUAGAAGUAAAAAGAUCAAGAAAGAGAGAGAGCAUUAUGAAGAGAUUAAGUAUGAGAUAAUUCAAUUGAAAGAGGAAAUGGAAAGAAAAUGGUGUGAAACAGAGAAAGAAGAGGUGGAACAGAGAGCAAGAGCACAGCGAGAGAAGGAAACGCUUGAAAGGUUGAAAGAGGAAAUACAGGAAGUGCGAGAUGAAAUAGAAAGGAACAAGGUGGAAACUCAGCGAGAAAAAGAAAACCUAGAAAAAAUGAAAGCCAGUGUAAAAGACGAGAAAAACAUUGCAGAGAAAAUAUCAGAAGAGGUCAAAAUAAAAAAUGAGGACUUAAUGGAAAUGGAGCUUAAACUUCAGGAAGAAAGGGAAGAGAUCCAGAGGAGCAAGCAAGUCACAAAGCAAGAGAAGGAAGCGAUCAUAGAGAUGCAGGCUGAACUCCAAAGACAGAUGAAAGAAAUAGAGAACCGUGUGAAGGAGACAAACAAAGAAAAAUAUGAGGUGGAUCAGGCAAAGAUGGUCGUACAAAAAGUGGAGUCCCAGCUGAAAAAGCAAAGGGAUGAGGCUGGAAGAGUAAAAGAUGAAAUUGAGAAACAGAGAUAUGAAGCAGCGAAAGAAGAGCUUGAACAACGAGCUGAAAUCCAAAGAGAAAGAGAAAUGUUGGAGAAAAUAAGAGAUGAGAUACAGAGAGCUAAAGAGGAUUCCAAAGAAAUACAGCUUCAGAACAAAAAAGGGGACUUACAAAAUAAGCUGGAUGAAGCAAAGCAAGAGAGAGAGAUGCUUGAGCAAAUUAAAACUGAGGUUUUGUCAGAAAGGGCCAUAUUGAAAAGACAAAUCCAUGAAACCGCAAGAGAAAGAGAGGACUUGGAAUUGCUUCGGUGUGAGACCCUGAAGAAAAAGCAGGAGUUUGAGAAAAAGAGGGAUGAAGCUGUCAAGGAAGAGCUUGAACAGAGAGCUGAAAUGCAGAGAGAUAGAGAGGAGAUCGAGCGAACUAAGAAUCAAAUAGAGAGGGAGUUAAAACAAGGCAGGGAUGCCACAAGUCUAGAGAGAGACAAAGUUGAACUGAUGAAGGUUGAAAUACAGAACCAGCACGAUGAAAUGACAAGAUCCAUUGAGAGGACAAAGCAAGCAAGAGAUGUGAUGGAACAGAUGAAAUAUGAAAUUCAGAGAGAAAAAGAACUUUUGGAGAGAAUAAAGGAAGAAACAAUAAGAGAGAAAGAACCCUAUGAAAAGGUCAAGUAUGAGCUAAACAGAGUAAAAGAAGAGAUGGAAAAACUCUGGGACGAGGUAGAGAGGGAGGAACAGGAAGAGAGAGCCAAACUGCAGAGAGAAAAGGUGGAGUUGAAUAAGAGAAUGGAGGAAAUUAAGAAAGAGAUGAACCAGAUAGAAAUAAUUAAAUUUGACCUACAGAGACAGAGAGAUGACAUUGAAGCAAGGAUGGAGAAGACAAAGAGAGAGAUGGACAAGCUGGAACAGAUGAAGGCUGAAAUACAAAGACAGAAAGAUGACAUUGAAAACAAGAUGGCAAAAACAAAGAGUGAGAAAGAUGAGAUAGAAAGGAUCAAAUCUGAGAUACAGAAGCAGAAAGAGGAAAUUGAAAACAAAAUGCAACAAGCAAAGACAGAAAUGAAUGAGAUGAAAAGUGUGAGGGAAGAUAUUCAGAGACAGAGACAAGAGAUCGAGAACAAGAUGCAAAAGACCAAGAGAGAGAUUGGAGAGAUGGAACUAGUGAAGACUGAGAUGCAAAGGAAGAAAAAGGACCUUGAACAGAGGAUGAGAAAGACUAUGAGAAAAAAGGAAGAAAUGGAAAAGAUGAAGGAUGAAAUAGAGAGAGCUAAAGAAGAGAUGGAACAAAGAAGGGAAGAGACCAAAAGGGAGAGCGAUGCAAUUGAACAGGCGAAGGCUGAAAUAGAAAGAGCAAAAGAAGAACUGGAGAUUCGUAUGGAAGAGAGCUUUGGAGAUAUUGAUGAGAAGGAACAGAUGAACGCUGAGAUACAGAGAUUAAUCCAAGCGCUAGAGAGAACUCGAGAAAUGGUACGACAAACGAAAGUGGCAAUGGAAAACAGGAUGGAAGAAAGCAAUAUGGAGAUGGGUGACAAAGACAGAAUGAAUGCUGAAAUCCAGAGAUUGAUUCUAGAGGUGGAACAAACCAGAGAGGUGUUAAGAAGGGUGAAAGAAGAAAUGGAACAGAGCAAGGAGGAGUUAAAAGGGGAAAAGGACAAAAUCAGACUGAUGAAGACAGAGACACAAAAAAGAAAAAAAGAGCUGGAGCAAAGGAUGGAGAAGGCCACGCGAGAGAGGGAUGAGUUAGAACUGGUGAAGUCAAAGAUACAGAGACAAAAGGAAGAGCUGAAACAGAAGAUGGAAGAUGUAAAGACUGAGAGUGAAAAGAUGGAACAGAUGAAAGAUGAAAUACAGAGAGCGGUUGCAGAGAUAGACCUGGCAAGGGAGGAGAUACAAAGAGCAAAAAGGAAGAUUAAAGAGGACAAUGCAAAGAAAGAGAAGGAUAUGAUGGAGUUUGACAGACAGAAAGAGGAAGAAACCAGAAUGAAAAAAGACAUGGAAAUGAUGAAGACCAUGGUCCAGAGACCACAGGAUGAAACAGAAAAAACAUAUUUUGGAGAUAUGACAAAUGAGACACCAUUUGAGUCACAAGAGCUAAGAACCACCAUUGAAAAAGAAAGAAGAGACUUGGAACGCAGAGAGGAAAUGAUUAUGAGAGAGAAGUAUGACCUGGAAAAGACAAAAGCCGAGUUUGAGAAGGAAAAGGCUGAGAUGGAGAACAUGAUAACAAAACAACGAGAGGAGGACAAACAAAUGAUUGAGAACAUAGAAAAGAAAAAAGAAAAUCUCAAGCAAAUGGAUGCAGAGAUACAAAGAAAAAGACUGGUAAUCGUAAGGGAAAUGCAAUAUAAAAAACAAAAGAUGGAGGACUUGAAAAUAGCCCAAAAGAAGUUCAAACAAACGCAAGUUAAAUUUAGGAAAGAGAAAAUUGAAAUGGGAAAAAUCAAAAGUGUUACCGUGGCAGAAAGAAGUAAAUUAGCAAUAGAGCAAGCUUACAUAGAAAAACGUAAGGAAGAGAUGCAUGCCAUCCUUGAAAUGACAAAGAAGGAGAAUGAAGAUCUGCUGAACUUAAAAGCUAAAACAGAGGGACGGAAAGAAGACAAAGAUGACUGGGGUGAAUGUCUGAAUAGGGAAAGAAAGGAACUUGAAUAUCUGAUGCAAAAAGAAAAAGAGGACAUGAUAAGAAACAGGAACAUUUCUGAAAAAGAGAAAAGGGACUUGGAGCUGAUGAGAUCUGAGACGCAGAAAGAAAAGGGGACAGUGGAACAAGAGAAGCUUAAGGUACAAGUUGAAAGAGAAAAGCUGGAACAAAUGAAAUUGGAGUUACAGAGAAAGUCCAAUUACCUAGAUAUGGUCAUAGAAGACACAAAGAGGGAGAAAGAAAGUACAUCACACAUUUCUGUCCAAAUACAACAACAAAAGGACGAAAUUGAUUGUUUGGUGGAGGCGACAAAGAGGAGUAAAAUAGAACAAGAAUUGAUGAGCGCUGAAAUGAAAAGAAAGAAAGAGGAGAUAGACAGCAAACAAGACAUUCUAUCAAAGGAGAGAGAAGAUCUGAAUAAACUCAGAACAGAGGUAAACAAUCAGAGAGAAGAGAUUGAAAAUAUCAUGCAAGAGCAAAUUAAAGAAACAUUUGUAAUGAAUCAGAUAAAGACUGAGAUGGAACAAGAGAGAUGUGAGUUAGACAGAAAAAAGAAAAUGAUAGAGCAGAAUAUGGAUGAGCUAGAGCAGAGAAAGUGUGAGAUGAGUAAAGUAGAAAACAUGAUUGUUGAGCUUAGAAAAGAAGAAGAGAGUAUAAAGGAUGAGAUUAACAGGACGAGACAGAACACAGAGCAGAAAAAUGUUGAAAUAGAGAGACUAAAAUAUGAAAUGAAUAGCCAGAUGGAAGAGUUAAAUAUCAGAAAGUGUGACUUGGAAUACAAACAAGCGGAACUGGACAGACAGAGAGAUGAAAUUAAAGCAAUGAAAAAAUAUACGUUCAUGGAAAAGGAUCAACCACUGACAAGGCCCAGUGAAUAUCAAAGAGAUGAGGGAGAGGUGGAUGCCGCCCUUGUACAUAUGAAGACAGGGGAAGAUAAUUUGGUGGAAAUUACAGCUGAUCUGUCUCAACAGAGCGAACAGAUGGAAAAUGAAUGGAAAGUGAAGUUUGAGACUGAAAGACAAGAGCUUGAAGAGCUAAAGAAAGAGAUACAAAAAGGUAAAGAGGAUAUUGAGAUAGGCCAGGACUUGACAAAGAAAGACAGAGAUUACUUGGAGCGUAUGAAGUUUGAAAUCCAGAAGCAAAUGGAGGAAAUACAACAAAACAAAACAUAUGUACAGGAAGAAAAGGAAAAGUUGGAGCAAAUCAAAGCUGAGUUAGCAAGACAGUCAGGGGACAACGAUCAGGUCAUGGAGGAUACAAAGGGUCGGAAGGAGAAGGUUGAGGAACUUGUUGUGAAAACUCAGAUCCAAAGGGAAGAAGGUGAAAGUGUUAUUGAGGAGACAAAAACAAAACAAAAGGAACUGGAAAACACGAAGGAAGAGAUUCAAAGAAGGGAACAGGACAUAGAAGUAAGUCAGGAUGUGCUACAAAAAGAGAAAGAUGAGCUCAAACGAAUGAAGAAUGAGUUAAAGCAGCAGGGAGAAGAGAUGGAAUCGAUAAUGAAAGACCAAAAGAAAGAAAAAGAAUGUUUGGAACAAAUGAGGACUGAUUUGGAAAGAGAGAGACAAGACAUUAAUAGAAACAAGGACAUUAUAGAAAAGGCAGAGGCUGAAAUAGUGACUGAAAGAGAGAACAUGGAAAACCAGAUUGCUAGACUCAAAGAGGAAGAGGACAGAAUGAGGGAGGACAUAGGAAGGAAGAUGGCCAGCUUAGAGCAUAGAAAUGAAGAAAUCAAAAGACUUAGAGAUGAAAUUGAAAUCCAUAAGGAAGACCUCAAUGUUCAAAAGGUGGAGUUGGAACACAAACGUGAAGAAGUAGGAAAACAGGCAGAGGAAAUGACAGACUGGAGAAAGGACCAAUUGAGAGAGCAGGAUAAGUUGGAAAAAUGGCAAAGUGAAAUAAAUAGAAAAAAAGAAGAAGUGGAUACUGAUCUUGAUCUGGUAAAGAGAGAGAAGGAAUCUCUUGUCAAGUUAAAGGCCGAAAUAGAGGGGCAGAGAGAACAAAUGGAAAAUGAACUGAAGGAAAGUCUAAGGAGAGAAAGGGAGGAACUAGAAAAUAUUAAGCUUGACAUAGAGAAGGCAAAAGAUAUCGAAAAAAGCAACGUUUUAACGAAAGAAGAGAGAGAUGAGUUUGAACGAAUUAAGUUAGAAAUAAAAAGACAAAAGGAGGAAGUUGAGCAAAGCAAACAAAUUGUACAAGCAGAGAAAGAUGACCUACAGACAAGGUCUGGGGAUUCAGAAAAUGUGGAAGAAAUAGCUGCUCAAAUUCAAAAGCAAAAGCAAGAAAUGGAAAGGAUCACAGAGGAAGCAAUCACAAAUAAGGAAAAACUGGACAUUAUCAAUGAAGAGAUAAAAAGAGAAAAAGAAGAAAUAGAAAAGAACAGGGAAAUGAUGGCUAGAGAAAAAGAUGAACUUGAGCUACGGAAGGCUGAGUUAAAAAUGGAGAGAGAACAGUUGAGUAAGUUGAUGCAAGAACAAAAUAUAGAGAAAGAAUGUCUUGAACGAAUAAUGACUGAAAUUGAAAUAGAGAAAGAAGAAUUUCAUAAAAACAAGGGAUUGAUUGAAAGGGAUAUGGAUGAGAUGAAGCUCAGAGAGGCUGAAAUAGUGCGAGAAAGGUAUCAAAUGGGAAAACUUGUCGCUGAACUGACUGAGAAACAAAGAAGAGAAGUUGAUUCCAUACUCAAACUGACAAUCCAGGAGAGAGAAGAGCUGUUGAAGAUUAAGGCUGAAAUGAAAGGAAAGGAAACACAAACGGAUGAUGGUGAUUUGAGACUGGAAAGGGAAAAAGAAGAACUGGGAUUGCUGAAACAUGAUACAGCUAGAGCAACAGGUACUGAACGAAGCAUGACAGAAACUGAGGAAAGCAUUGAAUUAGAACAAAUAAAGUCUCAAAUUACUAGAGAAAAAAAGCAAGUAAUGCGAGAACAACAAGAUAUAAAAAGAGAAAAGGAUAAGCUUGUACAGAGUGAAGUUGAAUUACAAAGACGUUCUGAGGACUUGGAGGGCAUUAUGGACAAGACAAAAAUAAAAAUUCAAAACGCUGAAGAAAUGGCUGGACAGAUUCAAAAGCAAAAAUAUGAAAUUAAAAGACAAAUGGAAAACUUAAAUGCUAAACAUGUUGAAUUAGAACAAGAACAAAAGGAAAUUGAUAGGCAGAAAAAAGAAUUGGAUGAAACAAAAACUAUAACAUUUAAGGAAAAAGCUUUAUUAGAAAAUAAGAAACAUGAUAUACAAAAACAGAAGCAAGAGGCAGAAGUCAUUUUUGAACUAACAAAGCGGCAAACAGAGGAGCUGAAGAAAACAAAAACUGAAGUAGAGGGUAAGAAAGGACAAAGAGAUGUCGACUGGAGGGAACAGCUGAAGACCAAAGCAGAGGUCCAGGAAUUUUCUAAACACGAUUUAGGCAAAAUAGCAGAUAUUGAGAGAAGUGGUAUAAUGGGAAAAGAAGAGAAAAAUGAGUUGGAAGGAAUGAGAUUAGAAAUACAGAGAAAAGAGGAAGAGAUGGAACAAGAAAAACAAAACAUGAAAUCAGAAAUUGAUAAAUUGGAACAGAUGAAAGCUGAGUUACAGAAACGAUCUGAGGAUUUAGACAGCAUAAUGGAUAAGACAAAUAAGGAAAUAGAAAAUGUUGAAGAAAUGGCAGCAAAAAUUAAAAAGGAAAGGGAGGACAUUGAGAAGGCCACUGACGAGACCAACAUGAAAAAGGCAAAUUUAGAAGUGCUAAAUGCUGAUAUUAAAAGAGAAAAAGGAGAGAUGGAGAAUGACAAAGAGAAGAUAGCUAAGGAGAAAAAUUACCUUGAACAAAUUAAGGCUGAGAUUCAAAGUAAGAGAAAGGUGGUAGAAAACCUUAUGAAAGACCAAAUGAAAGAAAAAGAAUGCAUUGAAGAAAUGAGGGCUGAGGUGGAAAGAGAGAAACAAGAAAUGAAUAAUAUUCAGGAAAAUAUCAAAGUUGGUAUGAGUGAGUAUGAAAAGGAAAGGGAUUGUAAAAAGACAGAAAAAGAUGAAUUGGAAAACAAAGUUGUUGAACUAAAAAAGGAAGAACAAACUUUGAAAGAGGCAUUAAGGGAGAGGAAAUAUCAUCUCCAACAAAUUAAGAUUGAGAUGGAAAGAGAGAGAGAAGAAAUGGAUAACACCAAGACCAAGAUAGCAGUUGAUAUGAAUGAGAUGGAACAGAGAAAGGUUGAGAUAGAGAAUGGAAAAUAUGAAGCAGAAAAGUUGAUGGCUGAACUGAAAGAGGAAGAGCAAAGAAUGAAGGAGGAAAUCUGUAAGAUGAAAGAGAGCCUGGAACAGAUCAACACAGAAAUACAACUACAGCGAGAAGACAUUGAAAGCAAGAUGGAGGAGCUGACUGUUAAAAAGGCUGAGUUUGAAAAUGUUACGAAAGAUAUCAACAGACAAAAAGAGGAUAUGCAAAACCAGCGGGAGGAGAUCGAUCAAGAGAAACAAAAUAUUCAAGAUGAAAAGGAUGAGCUGGAAAAGAUCAAGGCUGAUUUACAGACACGAUCUGAGAAUCUAGAAAACCGAAUGGAGGAGACAAAGAGAGAAAAAGAAAAUGUUGAGCAAAUGGCUAUCCAAAUCCAGAAGGAAAAGGAGGAAAUGAAAAGUGUUAUCGAGGACAUCAAGAGAACGAAAGCUAAUCUGGAAGUGAUGAACACUGAGAUUGAGACAAAGAAACGAGAAACAGAAAACAUAAUGGAAAGGGUCUCAAAAGAAAAAGCCAACCUGGAAAAAAUGACGAUUGAAAUGGAAAGAGAGAGGGAAAAAAUGUAUAUCACCAAGGGAAAGAUGGUGACUGAGAUGGAUGAGCUGGAACAGAGAAAGGCUGAAAUCGAGAAUGGAAAAGAUGAAGCAGAAAAGUUGAUGGCUGAACUGAAAGAGGAAGAGCAAAGAAUGAAGGAGGAAAUCUGUAAGAUGAAAGAGAGCCUGGAACAGAUCAACACAGAAAUACAACUACAGCGAGAAGACAUUGAAAGCAAGAUGGAGGAGCUGAAUGUCCAAAAGGCUGAGUUGGAAAAUGCUAUGACAGAUAUCGACAGACAAAAAGAGGACAUGCAAAACCAACGACAGCUAAUUGAACAAGACAAACAAAAGAUGCUAAAUGAAAAGGAUAAUCUGGAAAGGAUCAAGAUGGAUAUAGAAACACGAUCAGAAAAUCUAGAAAACCUUUUUGAGAAAACAAAGAGGGAGAAACAGGAUGCUGAGAAAAUGGCUAUUCAAAUUCAGAAGGAAAGGGAGGUAAUUGAAAGUGUUGUCGAAGAGAACAACAAACGGACAGAGAAACUGAAAUUAAUGAAAACUGAGCUGGAUAAAGAGAAACAAGAAACAGAAAACAUCAAGGACAUGGUAACAAAGGAGAAGCGUGAACUGGAACAGAUCAAGAUUAAGUUAGAGACACGAUCUGAAAAUCUAGAAAACAUAAUGGACGAGACAAAGAGGGAGAAGGAGGAUGUGAUGAGGAUAAAGGCUGAAAUAGAGGAACAGAAAGAUCAAAUGGAAGACAAUCUGAUGGAAACUCUGAAACAGGACAGAGAAGAACUUGAACGUCUAAAACAUAACAUACAAAUUGAAAAGGCGGACCUCGAAAAAAUUACACAAUUGGCAAUGAAAGGUCAGGAUGAGUUGGAAUUACAAGUGUCUGAAAUGCAAACCCAAAGAGAGGGAAUAGAAAAAGACAAACAAAAGAUACAAGAUGAGAAGGAUGAGGUGGAACAGAUUAAGAUGGAGUUACGGAGAAGGUCAGAGAAUCUAGACAAAAUAAUGGAGGAGACCAAGACAGAAAAGGAGAAUCUUGACAACAUGGCUGUCCAAAUCCAGAAGGAGAAAGAGCUAAUUGAAAGUGUUGUUGAGGAUAUCAAGACAAAUAAGACUGAUAUGGAAUUGAUGAAAGCUGAGAUUGAGACAGAGAAACAAGAGACAGAAAACAUGAAGGAUGUGAUAUCAAGCGAGAAACAUUAUUUGGAGCAAAUGAAGAUUGAGAUGGAAAAAACCAAGGACAAGAUAGCAAUCGAUGUUGGUGAUUUGGAACAGAAAAGGGCUGAGAUUGAGAGAGAAAGAGAUGAAGCAGACAAGAGGAUGGUUGAAUUGAAAGAGGAAGAGCAAAGUAUGAAGGAGGAUAUUAAGAAGACUAAAGACAACCUAGAGCAGAUCAAUGCUGAAAUACAAUUACAGCGAGAGGACAUUGCAACCCAAAUGGAGGAGCUAAAUGUCAAAAAAGCAGAGUUGGAAAACAUUCAAAUGGACAUCGACAGACAAAAAGAACAGAUGGACGAAACGCAAAAUGCUAUAAUCAUGGAAAAGAAUGAACUGGAAGAGAAGCUUGCUGGCAUGCAAAAACAAAGGGAGGAGUUGGAAGCCAUCAUUGAAAUGACAAAGCGGGAGAAGGAGGAUGUGAUGAGGAUAAAGGCUGAAAUAGAGGAACAGAAAGAUCAAAUGGAAGACAAUCUGAUGGAUACUCUGAAACAUGACAGAGAAGAACUUGAACGUCUAAAACAUAACAUACAAAUUGAAAAGGCGGACCUCGAAAAAAAAUACACAAUUGGCAAUGAAAGGUCGGGAUGAGUUGGAAUUACAAGUGUCUGAAAUGCAAACCCAAAGAGAGGGAAUAGAAAAAGACAAACAAAAGAUACAAGAUGAGAAGGAUGAGGUGGA